UGCAAAAUGUUUUCAAACCCAACGAUGUUUUAUCAUAAAGGAGGUGGCAGGCAGUUGUUAAGUACGGAGGAAAACGAUGAAGGACCCAAUCGAAUCUUCUUCGUGUUAACAGAACAGUACUUUGGGUUUCCAGUCAACAUUGAGAUGUACAUUAACAAGGAAAGACCUCGUAGUGAGAUUGGUGGAAGUAUAUCCAUGAUGGGAGGCAUCGUGACUGUUCAACUCGUCUACAAAAUGAAAGAGAUUACGACACACGAAGGUGAUGGGACGUACGUAACAGAGAUUGUUAACGUGUCAUGUUAUCAUAUACUUAGCUCUUCAUUUGGACCAACCAUUGACAGUAGCCGAAAACAUUUUCUCCAGACAAUGAAAUCUUACAUUGAAUCUGUUGUACACGCCAGGUGACGACGUUUGAAGCAUUGGGUGUAUUCAGAUUAAACAAUUAAGAGAUGUCCCCAUCUCCGACAUGACGUGAAUCAACGUACAUAUCAUCGCGUCACGACGAUUUGUCAGCCG